AUGAGGCAAUCAGCACUCCGCGCUGUGCGAACAGCCUUUAACAGCUCUCAGGCCCGAGCCUGUUCCCAGGCCACCUCGACCCCUCGCCAUCUCAUGUCCAUUAGCGACCUCACGCCUGCCGAGUUUGCUACUCUCGUUCGUAAUGCUGCCGCUCACAAGAAGGCCGUCAAGGCCACUGGCGAGGCGCCCAAGUCUCUGGCCGGCGGUCUCACGGGAAAGACGGUCGCCAUGAUGUUCAGCAAGAGGAGCACGAGGACCCGCGUCUCCACAGAGGCUGCCGUGGCUAUGAUGGGCGGUCACCCCAUGUUCUUGGGCAGCAACGAUAUUCAGCUCGGUGUCAACGAGUCCCUGUACGACACAUCCAAGGUCAUCUCGUCCAUGACCUCGUGCAUGGUCGCCCGUGUCGGCCCGCACUCCGACGUCGCCGACUUGGCCAAGGACUCGAGCGUCCCCGUCAUUAACGCCCUGUCCGACGACUUUCAUCCGCUGCAGAUCAUCGCCGACUUCACCACGCUGCACGAGACCUUCCCGGCCGCCGCCUCGGCCGACAAGGCCAGCCUCGGCCUCGAGGGCCUCAAGGUCGCCUGGAUCGGCGACUCCAACAACGUCCUGUUCGAUCUCGCCAUUGGCUGCGUCAAGAUGGGCGUCGAUAUUUCUGUCGCCUCGCCCGCCGGCUACGGUAUCCCCAACGUCAUGAAGCAGCUCAUUCACGCGUCCGCCGACGGCGUCGCCUCCCCCGGCAAGCUGACCGAGACGACGGUCCCCGAGGAGGCCAUCAAGGGUGCCGACGUCCUCGUCACCGACACGUGGGUGUCCAUGGGCCAGGAGCAGGAGGCGCAGAAGAGGCUCAAGGCCUUUGCCGGGUACCAGAUCACCAAUGAUCUCGCCAAGCGCGGCGGCGCCAAGGACCACUGGAAGUUCAUGCACUGCCUGCCCCGCCACCCGGAGGAGGUGGCCGACGAGGUCUUCUACAGCCCGAGGUCGCUCGUCUUCCCCGAGGCCGAAAACCGCCUGUGGGCAGCUGUUGCUGCCCUCGAGGGUUUCGUCGUGCAGAAGGGUAAGAUCUAA